UAUGGACAGUUUUGAGACACCUGCUAAAAUUAUUGACAGUCUUGAGGCACCCUCUAAAAUUAUAGGCAGUCUUGAGACACCCUAUAACAGUGAUGGCGAACCCGUGGCACGCUCAAAUUAUGGACAGUCUUGAGACACCCUCUAAAAUUAUGGACAGUCUUGAGACACCCUCUAAAAUUAUGGACAGUCUCCAGACACCCUCUAAAGUUAUGGACAGUCUUGAGACACCCUCUAAAAUUAUGGACAGUCUCCAGACACCCUCUAAAAUUAUGGACAGUCUCCAGACACCCUCUAAAGUUAUGGACAGUCUCGAGGUUCUAUAUAACGCAGCAACAUCCACACAUGUAGGACACCCAACGUUAGAAGUGAUUUAUUCUUCCAAAGCAAAUACAUUUUUGCAC